AUGUCCUCCACCACAUCCCUACCCGUCCAUGGGCCCGGACAAGUAGUCGCGUCGACAGAGACGGCAAAGGCAGGGGAAAAGCGUGCUCGCAGGACCGCUCGCCCUUAUAAGUGUGCCCACUGCCCUAAGGUCUUCAAACGCAGUGAGCAUUGUAUCCGCCACGAGCGAAGUCAUACAAACGAGAAGCCUUAUGCCUGCCAGUACUGUUUGAAGACAUAUUCAAGAAAAGACCUCAUCACGCGGCAUGAAAAGACACUGCAUGCGGAACACAACAGCAAAGUCGUCGAUGAGCCGUCUAAUGAUGAUGACGACGAUGCGUCGUCGGAGGCAAGUUCGAGUGAAAGAGAGCAUGACCCUAAACGGCAGCGUGCCUAUCACACCCCUCUGAGCCAGCCCUCGCUGGGAGAUGGCCCUAGGAGAGACUCUUGCUCUUCGACUCUAGUUUCCAAUAGCAUUGUGGUCUCAACGCAACCUAAGAAAAUCUCGAGAGAGAUUCACCAAUUUCGGCAGCGCGGGCAAGCGGCUCCCACUCCUCCACAAACGCACAAUAUCUCCAUCUCAGAUUCAGCAGACGCCUUGGACAUGUUUUUCGAUACUCAUCCCGAAUCGAUUUUUGGCAAUAGUCGACCUCAAGAUCUACCCAUGACACAAGGGGCAGUCUUUGAUCACCUGCGGACCCAACUCACUGAAGGAACUGUUAGUAUCCCUAUUACAGGGUAG